GAAACACUUCGCAUGUUCCAUCUUUAUCGGUUCCUCUGUUGUAAGCAAAGUCGUUUGGACCAUCUUAAUGUCGGUUUCUAAUUCACGAUCCUACAACAUGAUCUUCUCACAUUGACUGCUGUCAAUCGGUAUCACCAGUCGGAACAUCUGCUGUAUGUCUACUGUUGUGCUACUAGAAGUAUUAGCUUUUAGAACAACAAUCGAAAUCAAUCGGUAUCAACAAUCGAAAUAUUAGCUUUCAGAACAAUACCAGCCCCUCUCCCAAAUGCCACACCGGUUCAGCUACCAGAACUGCGUUUUCGUAAGUGACCUUGUUUUUCGAUUUCAUAUCUUCUCAAUUAAUAAGUAUUAGGUUACAAAAAUUGAUAAAUGAAUCCUGAAAGAAGAUCAACAAUAUGCUCUUCCAGCAUCUGUGGAACCACUUACACCUAAGUGGCGGCCACGACGAGGAUCUCUACGACGUGUACGAUUAUAUCAGCGACCACUCACAUUCGCUUUCGAUACCGACCACGACAAGAAAGACAAGUGCUGGCACAUCAGCACCCAUUGGAGGAGCGAGAGCUACAGCUUUUGUGGUCGAGGAUAAAGGGGCUCGUUGGAAGGAGGUAGGAAAGGGGUUUACGAAUAGUUUUGACAACCUGUUCAACCAAGUGCGAAAAGACGUCCAAGAAUAUCGCGAAAACCUACCUGACGCGACUGAAAAAGUUAAGGGUAGUUGACGACAUCUUUUUUCACAAAACAACCAUGUACUAUAACUACUUAUAAGAUAUGCUGAAUAUUAUUAGUUGAGCCCUUUCAUCCACAUUGCUUUUCUUCUCAUGCAUCAAGAGUUGUUGACCAAAGUUCCGGCAUGAUAGGACAAUCCACACGCCUCGAAAAUUUAUUUAGUUCUAAUCUCCAACGAGCCGCAGAAGCACGUUCGUCUUUCAAACAGUCUGCCUCAGCGUUUGCGGAAAAGUGGAAAGGCCUGAAGGAUUUUCUGAACACUUUUACAGACAAGCACAGAAAAUUGCAACAAAUAGUCUCACAGAUCAACGAAGGACUACAAAGUCUUGGAGGAGGAAGCACAGCUGCAGAAGAUUGAGCAGGAUGUUGGUUCGGACAACUACUGGUGCUUAUUUUUAAGGCUCAACUUUCAAUGGUCACCAUUUAGAUUGGAGUCACUGAAAUCGAAGAGGCGACCUUCCCUGGAGAGGAGAACAGGGGAAAACUAAGGGGAGAGCUUUGAAGAGGGUCUCUUCCGUUCAGGGUCAGUGACCACUGA